AUGCACGCCUUCGGGCCGCCCGCCGAGCCGCCCCUCGCCCGGGAGCUGCUGGACGCGGCUCUCCGCCCGCCCGCUCUGCCUCGCCGCUCCCCGCCCGCCGCCGGCCCCUACCUGUGGCUCGGCGGCCCCGCCGCCCCCUACCCGCCCGCCGCCCCGUUCCCACCGCCGGGCCCCGAGCGGGGCUGGGCAUCGCCGCUCCCGCAGCACGAGGGUCCGCGCCCGGCACGGCCGCCCUACUCGUACUCGGCGCUCAUCGCCAUGGCCAUCCACAGCGCGCCGGGCCGGCGGCGGACCCUCAGCCAGAUCUACCAGUACGUGGCCGAGAACUUCCCCUUCUACAAGAAAAGCAAGGCGGGCUGGCAGAACUCCAUCCGACACAACCUCUCCCUCAACGACUGCUUCAGGAAGGUCCCGCGGGACGAGGAUGACCCGGGUAAAGGCAACUACUGGACGCUGGACCCCAACUGCGAGAAAAUGUUCGAUAAUGGCAACUUCAGGAGGAAGAGGAAGAGGCGUUCGGAGGCCGGAGACAGCGGUGGGGCCGCGGGGGGUCCCUGUCCCAGCACGCUGCGGGGCCAGUGUGUGAGCUCGGCCCCCCGGCACGGCGAGAUGCACUGAGGAGGAGGAAGGAGCAUUUUUGUAAUGUGUAACUGUACAUUUUUGUAGGCCUAUAAAUAGAGAGAUGAGAGAAAGAGCGGGAUGUGUGUGUGCUGAGGGUGAAGUGAAGGCGGGAGGGCUGUGGGAAGUGCUUCCCACUGGGACUCGAAAGCAUCCAACGCACGAGGCAUGGUUGAACAUUCAUAUGGUUUGAGUUGG